GAAAACGCAAAGCUUAUCCUCUCGAUUGGCGCAUUGAAAUCAGACGUCAACACGGGAAUGUUCACGUACCGUAUUCCGGCGACGCACACCAUCGAGUUGCACUCUGACCACACACUUGUUCGCUAUGCACAAUUCCCGGGUAUAGGGAUGAAGUUGCUCCUCCCGAAGCUCACGGAAAGUCUGAGAAAAUAUCAAGAAGGCGCAUCACAAAUUCCUGUUCCGCACUAUAAGCUAGAUGUCCCAAAGGAGAGUGACGACAAGAUUUCGCAUGCUUAUUUCUGGCCCGGGUGGGCAAAUCCUUCCGGAAGCCAUUGUCGCUGAGACUGGGACUUCAAACUUUGGGAUUAUGGAUGUCCCAAUGCCCGACCAGUCCGUUUUUGUUAGCCAGAUCUGAUAUGGAAGCAUU